AUGGACGUUCUUGAAACCAUUCGAAACUGGAUCAUGGCACCUUUUGCCGAGCCUGCGUUGCUUAGGAUGAAGUUGGGUGGUCCACAGGUUCAAUUCUUCGAGUGGGACUCGACAGGGGGUAAAAUAUCAUGGUGGAAGCAUUUUGAAGAUCAAGUGCCUCGUAUGAAGGAGCUGGGAGUCACUCAAGUCUGGUUACCCCCUCCAAAUAAGGCGAUGCGGCCAAAGGGGCAAGGAUACGAUGCUUACGACCUCUGGGAUCUUGGGGAAUUCAACCAAAAAGGAUCAAUAGCCACACGGUGGGGUACAAAGGAAGAGCUCAUUCACGCAAUUCAAGUAGCCCGCGAACACGGGAUUGACGUUCUAAUUGAUGCGGUUUUGAAUCACAAACUCGGUGCUGACCGUCGAGAGAAGUUCCUCGCCAUUCAGGUUGAUGACAAUGAUAGAAGAAUAGAUCUUGGACCAGCCAAAGAAAUCGAGGGGUGGACGGGAUAUGAUAUGACAGGAAGGGGUAACAAGUACAGUAGUCUGAAAUGGUCGCACCAGCAUUUCACUGGCGUGGAUUAUGACCACAUCACCAAAACGAAGGGUGUGUUCAAGAUUGCUGAGCCCGGACGAAAAGGGUGGUCUCAUCGGGUUGAUAAGGAACUUGGUAACUACGACUACCUCCUUGGAACGGAUAUUGAUUUCAGGCAUCCCGAUGUUCGACGUGAUCUGAUGGACUGGGGUGUGUGGGUGCUCAAGGAAACUGGUGCAGCAGGUUUCAGACUCGAUGCCUGCAAACAUAUUGACCGGAAGUUUCUCCGCGAAUGGCUUGCGAAUGCUCGUAACACGCAUGGACAACAAGUAUUCGCAGUGGGCGAAUUUUGGAACAGUGAUGUAGCGAAGCUCGUGCGAGAUAUACGCGCCUUCCCCGGGGAGAUGUGUUUCUUUGAUGUUCCGCUGCACCAAAAAUUUUUCCUCGCAGGACAGCAGGGCUCCAAGUUUGACCUACGGAAAAUUCUGCAUGGAUCAUUGGUACAGGCCCGUCCUAGGGAUGCAUGCACAUUUGUUGAUAAUCACGAUACCCGCCCUGAAGGAUCACUGGUAUCCUGGGUCGAGGAUAAUAUGAAGCUCAUUGCAUAUGCACUGAUUCUUCUACGACCGGAUGGACACCCGUGUGUUUACCACGGGGAUAUCUUCCCGGACCCUGAAUCGCAUAUAGGUCGGGACUUGCCAGCAAAGAUCGAAGUAUUGUGUGCGGCACGGAAAUUGUACGCAUACGGUGGUUUGAGAGACUACUUCACAGAGAAGAACUUGAUUGGUUUCGUGCGGUCUGGGGACGAUAAACAUCCUGGUGGAUGUGCUGUUGUAAUGUGUAAUCUCCUUGAAAGUGAGCGUACCGGCGAAACCGGUAUAGCUAUGAAUGUUGGGGCCAAUAAUGUUGGUUCCUGGAAGAAUUUACUUGACCCUAGUGCCACUACCGUCACUGUCCCGUCAUCUGGAAAUGGUUGGUUCCCUUGCUCAGAGCAGGUUGCAGUGUGGGUCAAGGGCUAG